UUUGCUUCAAUGAGUGUUCAUGGUCUCUACUGAUCUCUGCCUUGGAACUUUAUCAGCUUCUAUUUUGCAGAACAUCUCAUUUUGGAGAUUCUUUUCUCGCCAUGGAUGCAAAGGGAGAAGUGAAGGAUAGACCGCAUUUGAACGAGAUCGAGAACUUCUCCGAGAGCAGCAAAGAUUUGUUCAUAAGAGCUGAUAAAAUCGAUCUGAGAAGCUUAGACAUACAGCUAGAGAAGACCCUCUCAAAGAUAUGGUUAAAGGAGAGGAGCCCUUCCGGGAAGCCCAGGGAAGAAUGGGAGAUCGAUCCGUCGACAUUGGAGAUGAGGUAUGUCAUCGCCCAUGGAACCUAUGGCACUGUUUACCGGGGAAUCUACGGCGGCCGAGAUGUCGCAGUGAAGCUACUUGAUUGGGGACAAGAAGGGGCUUCCUUUGACGCUGAAUCCUCUUCCCUUCGAGCAGCAUUUAGGCAAGAAGUCGCUGUUUGGCACAAACUCGACGACCCAAACGUCACCAAGUUUAUCGGAGCUUCAAUGGGGACUUCAAACCUCAAGAUCCCUCGGAGGGAUGCUACGGCCGGAAACGUCGGCUGUACUGGUCUUCCCGGCCGGGCUUGCUGCGUCGUGGUCGAGUAUGUCGCCGGGGGCACUCUGAAGCAGUACUUGAUCAAGAACAGGAGGAAGAAGCUGCCUUUGAAGAUCGUGGUGCAGAUCGCGUUAGACCUCGCUAGAGGGCUGAGCUAUCUGCACUCGAAGAAGAUCGUGCAUCGCGACGUCAAGACUGAGAACAUGCUGCUGGACGUCAAUCGCACUCUGAAAAUCGCCGAUUUCGGCGUCGCGCGCGUCGAGGCUCAGAAUCCCAGGGACAUGACCGGAGAAACAGGGACGCUGGGGUACAUGGCGCCGGAGGUCCUCGACGGGAAGCCCUACAACAGAAGAUGCGACGUGUACAGCUUCGGCAUAUGCCUCUGGGAAAUCUACUGCUGCGCCAUGCCGUACGCCGAUCUGAGCUUCGCGGAAGUGUCCUACGCGGUCGUUCGACAGAACUUACGGCCGGAGAUUCCCAGGUGCUGUCCUGGUUCUUUGGCGAGCAUAAUGAAGAGAUGCUGGGACGAAAACCCGAACAAGAGGCCGGAGAUGUGCGAGGUCGUGAAGCUCUUGGAGGCGAUCGAUACGAGCAGGGGAGGCGGCAUGGUCCCUGGCGGCAGGUCGGCCAGCUGCUUCUGCUUUUCCGUGACCCGGGGUCCUUAAGCUGAGUCGUCCUCCAUAUUACAGCAGAAGAGAAGAGAAUGCCUCAAGUUUUUUAUGAGGCUAGAAAGUAUACAAUGCACUGAUUAUAUGUUUACUUUGUUGUG